GUGUGAGAUGUAUUUACCAUUCAGCAUAUGCGAAUGACGUUACAAAGCAGCUCGUGUCGUGAGAUGACAGAAGUGCAAGAUUUGGCUGAAAGAAGAUAAAAAGUCAUGUCUACUCAAAGUGCAAAGAAAAAAAGACUUGGUUCACGUCGCCGGGGAGCAAACCAAAAUGAAACCUCUAAGAAUGAUGACUUCCACAUAACAGACAAUACUUUUGUAGCCGAGUGCGACAUACCAGAAGAAAAGGCUGAAUCAUUAAAUGUAUUUCCUAAUCCUGACAAUUUAACAACUAAAAUACAACAUCCACCUUCGCCCGAACUCUCAGGAAACAGACGAAAACUGGGAUCUUGUCGCAAAAAUAAACUACUGCAUGUUGAGGAUGAACCUAUUGAGGAAGUUGAGGGAAAAACAAGGGUAAAGGAAACCACAGUAACAAAACAAAUGUCACUUGCAAUACAAUCUGAGAAGCAGGAAGUUAUUCAAGGGAGUGAAGAUGUGUCUACAACACAUGAAGACUAUUUCUAUCCGGCCGCUACACCUAAAUAUUCUUCUCCAAAAGCUGACCUGGAAAGUUUAACUCCCAAAAGUGAAAAUCUGCAAGCAGACCUAGAGGAAAAUGAGACUGACUCUAAAGUGGUAUAUGACCCUUGUAAAUUAGGGGAGACUGCUCAAGAAGGAAUUGACAGUUCGGAUAGUCUUCGCAAUGAGGAAGUCAAAGAAAGUACACAUCUUGUUGGCAUCUCAGAGUUAACUAGUUCAAGUAUGCUUUCAGGUCCAGGAGUAGAUAGGCAACUCAUUGACCAAUUAAAUUUCAGGCCAAUGCCUGAAGAAAAACUUUCCAAUGUGAAUGCUGUAACAGAAAAAGAGUGCAAGGAAAGAGAGGACAACACAGAAUUGUUGAGGAAGGAGGGAAAUUUACAGGGCAACUCUUUGGUGAGUGAGUCACAUGUGGAAUCAGUAGCUAUGCAGUUUUGUACCAAACCGGAGAUAACCACAGAAAAAAUCGUCCGAAGAGAAAAUACAGUACUUGAACAAGCCCCAAUUUCAUCACCAUUAGAGGAGUUACCUACGGACGAGAAACAAAAUGAGCUUUCCAAUUUAUUUGAAGGGAAAUGCACUCAUCAUUCAGAGGAUUCUGUUAAAAACUUGCAUGAACAUGAGGUUAGGCCAACAGAGAUUAAAGAAAUGCCUCCAAUUGAUGACUCAUCUGAAAGUGUGGUACACGAUGUCACAGGAAAUUCUAAAAUCAUUUCUGGAAACUUAACAGAUAGAACUGAAAUCAGUGACACAUACCAAUCGGCAUUGAUUGUGGAGAGAACUGAUGAGUUUCCUAUGAAUACGGACAUUUCAAUGCCUGACGACAAACAAGAUGAGCAAUCUAAAAAAGAAAGCAACUUUGAAGCUGUAGAGCAGAAAAACGAGGGUUAUUAUGUUUCUGAUACCAAGAAACCACAAACCAGCAACAUAGAAGGCGUAGACACUGCACUAGGUCAGGUAUAUGAGACGGAAGGCAGAGGACAGGAUUACACAAAACCAAGUUCUGAACAAACAGGUCUUAAGGAGAAGGAAGAACUAGUCCCUGAAAUGGAGCGUGAAUCCUCUUUACAAACCCUGCAGACAGAAAUAAAUGCACCUCUUGAAUCCCAACCUCAGCAUAGCAACACCGGCUUCAACCCCAUUGGGAACCAAAGAAGAAAACUGGGGUCUAGCCGAAAAAAUAAAGGAAGACAGCGUGUCAAGGACCCUGUUGUUGAAACAUACCACAAUCCUACAGAAGAAGUUGUUGGCGAUACCAGGGAUAAUGAACCCCUUGAAACAACAGAAAUGUCAUUAUCAAUAGACACAGCAGUGAAGGAAAAAUCAUGGGAAACUAUGCUGGAAGAAAUGGAUCAAUUUCACACCUCUCAGACUGAAGAUGUUUGUGAUCCAGUAAAAGAAAAUGCACUUGUUGGUGGUAACUUACAUUCAAGUUUCACAGUUGAUCAGCAGAUGAUCGACCAAUCAAAUUCCACAGAGAUGCCAGAGGAGGAACUUUCCAAUGUGUGUUUUGUAAAAGAAGAAAACAAGGAAGGAGACGACCACACAGAAUUGUUCAGGCAGGAUGGAAGUUUACAGACCCAUUACUUGGUGAGUGAGUCCGGUGUGAAAUCAGAAGAUGUAGAUUAUUCUAUCACACCAGAGAUAACUACAAAUGAACACCCCCACAAAGAGCAUACAGAACCUCACUGCAGUUUUGAACAACCAAUAUUUUUGUCGACAAAGAGGGAGUUACCAACAAAUGACAGGCAAAUGGAGAUUUUCAACUCAUCUGAAGGAAAAGGGGCUCAUCAGUCAGAGGAUUCUUUAAACAUACUGCAUGAAAACGAGAUUACGCCAACAGAUAUGCAUGAAAUACCUCAAAUUUAUGACUUAUCUGAAAGUCGGAUAAAUGAUGCCACAGAAAAAUCUGAACUCUUUUCUGGAUACUUGGCUGACCAAACUGAAGUCAGUGACACUUACCAAUUUGAGUUAAUUGUGAAAAGUACUGAUUAUUCUCUUACCAAACAGGAACUCUCAAAUCCUGACAAACACGUUAAUCAUCCUGCAAAAGAAAAUUACUUUGAGGCUUUAGAGCAGGAAAAUAAGGAUUGUCAUGUAUAUGGUAGCAAGAAACCACAGAUCAGUGACAUAGAAAGACUAGACACUGCCUUAGAUCGGGGAGAUGAGAUUGAAGACCGAGUUGAGGAUGAUAUAAAACCCAGUGCUGAACACACAGGUCAUCAGGAGAAAGAAGAACUCUUAUCUGAAAUGGAAGAAAGUGAAUCCUCAUUACGAACCCUUCAAUCAGGAAUAAAUGCUUCUUUUGACGCCCAACCUCAGCAUGGGGAAACCAGCCUCAACUCAUUUGGGAACAGAAGAAAACUGGGGUCCAACCGAAAAAAUAAAGGAAGACAGCAUGUCAAGGGCUCUGUUGCUGAAUCAUACAAUGUACACAAAGAAGAUGUAGAAAGUACCAAGGACAAUGAAGCCUUCGAAACAGGACAAAUGUUAUUGGCAAUAGAGAGAACAAGUCAAGGGAGUGAGAGGGAUAGCAAGCCUGCAACACAUGACAGGUCUUUGUAUACAGUCAUUGUGCCUGGUUAUUCUUCUGACAUCCCAGGCCCCACAAGAACAAAUCAUCCAGAGGCUGACCAAGAAAGUUUAAAUACUAAAAGUGAAAACUCUCUAUAUGAUCAUGAUGAAAGAGGGACUGACUUUAAAGUGGAUGUGUCUGAUAAAUCUGUGGAAUCCACCCUAGAAGGAACAGACCAAUCUGACACUCUUCAGAGUCAAGAAGUCACAGGUGCUCAUCAUUCAGAAGAUGCUGUAAAUACAGUGCAUGAACCGGAGGUUAAGCCAACAGAAAUGCCUCAAAUUGAUUACACAUCUGAAAGUCUGAUAAAUGAUGCCACAGACAAUUCUGAAAUCAUUUCUGGAAACCUGGCAGACCAAACUGAAGUCAGUGACACAUACCAAUGUGAGGUGAUUGUGAAAAGGACUGGUGAUUCUCCUACCAAUCAGAAAACUUCAAAUUCUGACAAACAGGAUGAACAUCCUACAAAAGAAAGCAGCUUUGAGUCCAUAGGGCGGAAUCAUGAGGAUUCUCAUAUGUAUGAUAUCAAGGAACCACAGAUGAGCCACAUAGAAGGCGUAGACACCUCUCAGACUAAAGAUGUUUUUUAA